AUGAAAGAAAUUAAAGGAUUUAGUAUAUUACCAGUUCAAAUUGAGAGUAGUAUUCAUUAUAUAUAUUACAAGAAACAUGAAGGUAAAAAUUCCGAUAAUAAACUGAUUUUUACAUUCAAUUUACCAAUAUUAACUAAUUUAUUAAUUAUUAAAAAGUUUUAUCAAGAAAUAGCUAUUGGUGCAAUAGUUGAAUCAUUUAUAGAUUCGAAAUUAUCAAAUUAUAUAGAAGAUUCAUGGGUAAAUCUAAGUAAGUUAACCAGUGAUUUAAUAAAAGAUGAUGAUGAUGAUGAUUUAAUAAUACCGAAAAAUUGUGGAAUUAUAAGUUUUAUAGAUUCAAGUUCAUUUAAUUUAGCAUUUAAUAAUAUGAAAAAACUCAAUAAACAACCUCAAUGGCCAAUACAAGAAUAUGGUUCAUCGUAUAUGUUGAAAAAAUAUCAACAAGAAAUACUAGAUAAAGAAAAUUUAAUAAAUGAAGUAUCCACAGAAUUAGAAAUUUUUAAUAAUCUUGAAAAAGAAUCAAUAGCACAAUUACAACAACAAACUCAACUAGUAGAUGAAGAUGGAUUUACUUUAGUUGUUGGUAAACAUAGUAAAACAAAAGCAGGUAUUUUAGGUAAACAAAAAUUCAUAAAUAAAGUAGAAAAUGAAAAGAAGAUACAAAAGCAAAAGAAGAAAGAACAUUCCGACUUUUAUAAGUUUCAGUUAAGACAACAAAAGAAGGAAGAAAUGAACCAAUUGUUGACCAAAUUCAAACAAGAUCAACAAAAGAUUGAAAAAAUGAAACAAAAGAAAAGAUUUAAACCAUAUUAG